AUGCGGUCUGCCUUGGCCCCGGGUGUCUGGUUCCUCCGCGCCUUCUCCAGGGACAGCUGGUUCCGAGGCUUCAUCCUGCUACUCACCUUCUUCAUUUAUACCUGUUAUCACAUGUCCAGGAAGCCCAUCAGUGUUGUCAAGAGCCGUCUGCACCAGAACUGCUCGGAGCUGAUCAAGCCCAUUAAUGACAGCCACAGUCUCAACGACACUACGUGGUGCGACUGGGCUCCCUUUGACAAGAACAACUACAAGGAGUUACUGGGGGCCGUGGACAAUGCCUUCCUUGUGGCCUAUGCCAUCGGCAUGUUUAUCAGCGGGAUUUUUGGGGAGCGGCUCCCCCUCCGUUAUUACCUUUCAGCUGGAAUGCUGCUCAGUGGCCUCUUCACCUCGCUCUUUGGCCUAGGAUAUUUCUGGAACAUCCACAUGCUCUGGUACUUUGUGCUCAUCCAGAUCUGUAAUGGGCUUGUCCAGACCACAGGCUGGCCCUCUGUGGUGACCUGCGUUGGCAACUGGUUCGGGAAGGGGAAGCGGGGGCUUAUCAUGGGCAUCUGGAACUCACACACAUCUGUGGGCAACAUCCUGGGCUCCCUGAUCGCUGGCAUCUGGGUGAAUGAGCAGUGGGGCCUGUCGUUUGUGGUGCCUGGCAUCAUCACCGCUGCUAUGGGUGUCAUCACCUUCCUCUUCCUCAUCGAAUACCCUGAAGAUGUGGACUGCACGCCUCCUCAGCACCACACGAGUGAUGGGUUGGAAGAGAACCAGCACAACCCUGAGGACCUUGGGAGUGGUCCGUACACUAACAAGGAGAGCAGCCUGGAGACCCCCGCCAGAUGCUCCAAGGAGCCAAGCACUCAGCCUGCCGCCAUCAGCUUCCUCGGGGCGCUCCGGAUCCCGGGUGUGGUCGAGUUCUCUUUGUGUCUGCUCUUUGCCAAGCUGGUCAGUUACACCUUCCUCUACUGGCUGCCCCUCUACAUCUUCAAUGUGGCUCAUUUCAAUGCCAAACAGGCUGGGGACCUGUCUACCCUCUUUGAUGUUGGUGGCAUCAUAGGUGGCAUCAUGGCAGGGCUCAUCUCUGACUACACCAAUGGCAGGGCCACCACCUGCUGCAUCAUGCUGAUCUUGGCUGCCCCCAUGAUGUUCCUGUAUAACUUCAUUGGUCAGAGUGGGAUUAUCAACUCCAUAGUAAUGCUGAUCAUCUGUGGGGCCUUGGUCAAUGGCCCUUACGCGCUCAUCACCACUGCAGUCUCUGCUGACCUGGGAACUCACCAGAGCCUGAAAGGCAACGCAAAGGCACUCUCCACCGUCACGGCCAUCAUCGACGGCACUGGGUCCAUAGGUGCGGCUCUGGGGCCCCUCCUGGCUGGCCUUAUUUCUCCCACAGGCUGGAACAAUGUCUUCUACAUGCUCAUCUCUGCUGACAUCCUGGCCUGCUUGCUCCUCUGCCGGUUGGUGUACAAAGAGAUCCUAGCCUGGAAGUCAUCCCUGGGCAGAGACAGAGGGUAUAAAGAAAUAUGAGGCCUUGAUUGGAAGAGAGGCACGGAGGGCCCCAGCUGAUUCCCAAAGAGCUCUCCCCCUCCCGCCACCGGGGGCAAGACUAUGGAAACUGCCAGUGAUGGCUGAUGGAAGCCUCUUGACCUAACAGCAGCCAGCCCACAGGGCUGCUAAGGGGCUAGGCGAUUCUCCAUGGGAAGGGACCGCCAACAUGGGGAAUGGAAGACUCAAGGGCCUGUGCUCUGGAAGCCGCAAGCAGAAAGGACGGGGAUCAGAGCUGAGCGGUGUCUCCAGCUUGCUAAGGGGAGGAUAUGCUCAGACUCUAGCUUGUUCAGAUUCCAAUACCGAAGGCAGAGGCUUGACAUGGACCAAGGCUUGGCAAAGGUGUGUUCUCCUUCCCGUGUUCAGUUUGAACCUCCAUGACCAGCC